ACAUAUAUAAUAAAAAUUAAAUAAAUGUAGAGAAUUUGUAACAAUCCUUAUAAAUGACAAUAGUACAAUAUAUUGUAUUAUUAAUAAUAAAUUUGCGAAAAAAAGUGUACGUGUAAUAUAUAUAAUAUACACUUUUAAGAACGGUUUGUUUUCAAGUGGCAUAUAAUAUUUUAAUAGAAAGGUUCAGAUUAGGUUUUGCAUAAAUUGCAGACAUGAAUAAAUUACGUUUAUGUUUAACAAAUCUUGCAAGUAUAAAUUCAAUAAACUAUGGAGGUUACAGACACAUCAAGCGAUGGGUAGCUCCAACUAAGAAAGAAUUAAGUCGUAGAAAAAGAUUGUUAAAAGAUGAAACUGUACCAAAGCGGAAUACUUUUAUCGAAUGGAACAGGGAUGCCGAAAUAUUUGCAUUUAAUGAGAGACUGAAAGAAAAGUUUAAUAUAGAAAAACUAAAUCAAGCAUUUGUACAUAAAUCAUAUAUACUCGAAGAAUUGAAAAAACAAGAAGAAAUGGGCAUAUCAGAUCCUAAGCUUGAUAUACAAGACAAUGAAGAAUUUAUUAAAAAAGGAAAAGAAAUAACUUCAGAAUUUAUAAAAACACAUUUAGGAGAAGAACUGCCAAACCUUCCUGAAUUAGGUAUCAUGGCAUUACAUGAUUAUCUUAUGUCUCAAACAAUUUUGGCAAAGGCAUCUUUACAUAUUGGAACAAAGGAUAUUAUCCUAACUGCUGAACAUCCAGCAAACGAAGAAACACUAGCUCAAACGUUUCUAGCAUUAGUAGGAGCACUUGCUGAAAGUGUCAAUAUUGAUCAUGCAAGAAAUUUUAUUAAAGAUUUCUUAAUAGUAGGAUUAGCAGAGAAAGAUCUUACUGAAAUAUGGAAUCCAGUACAGCCAUUUGAAAUGUUACGUGAUUUCCUGUCUAAAGAAACUAAUACAUCUAUAGAAGCACGAAUAAUUGGAAAAGCUGGAACAAAUACUAUUUUAUCAGCAUAUCAUAUUGGAAUUUAUUCAAAUAAAGAAUUUUUAGGCUCAGGAUUUGGGCAAACCAUAGAAGAAGCUAAAAAUGUAGCUGCUUCUAAUAUACUAGCCAAUAUGUUUGGUAUAUCAGAAUCAAGUCAACCACUACAGUUUAAUAAAUAAAUAAAUGUAUUCCUCUUAAAUACAAUUCUUGUAGAAUAAGUAAAUAUAUUAAUACAUGUAUAAUAAUUACAAUUUUCAUUGUAAAUAUUUCAUUCUUAUAAAUACUUUUGUUGUUGUUUCCAAUGAUAAGUUUGAUGUAUAAAAUAAAUAUUUUACAACAUAAAUGUUAUAUUAAUAUAAUUCAUAGAAAGUGUAAUAUAGGUGGUAAUAUAAUGAUUAAAUUUAUUAUACAUGCAUUUAAAAAUUUAAAA